UAAAGGAAAAGGACACAUUCCUAUUGCACCGCAUAACACUUAACCUUCAUUUAACUUAACUUCGAUGAAGCUCUGCACGCAGCUUUCUAGUCUGAGGCUUCACGUAUGAGCUGUACGCUGAAAUAUAAUAAAAAUAAACCGUAGUAUUAUUACUUAUUGAUCGUGACCAUUCCGGGGCCACACCAGCGAGGAUGUCGUUUCUUUCCUGCUUCCGCGUGGGGCGACGCAGAGCCCAACCGAAGAAGCUGGAUGACGAGACCUCGACACAACUUAAGUAUGCAUCGUAUAACCCUUCGUUAAAGAUCACCGCCUUUGCAAUUCCGUCAACUCAUGCCGUUAGUGCGGCUGGCAGCGACGCUGCUAUCGCGGUUAACGAGGCACUUAUCAAUCUUGCGCAACAGCUAUCAACACAAGAUGGCGGCUGGGGAACAUCUCUUUCGGAGGCCUGCCUUGCAACCUGCGAGCAUCUCGGAGCUGCCCAUGCGUGUGUUUAUGUCUUAAGCAAGACCGACCUUUGGGCGGCAUCGGCAGCCAGCGCCGGUGUUGGUGCAGCCGAUGCCCUCGGGCGCGCCCUAAGCGCUGACCCGUUGUCCAACGCCUCUGCUGCAGCCGCCGUUAUGGGCGCGUACAAGGAAUCAUCUCAGGAAGCCCUGGUGUUCUGCGACGCCUCCGCUGCCGCUCGCAGCGGCGGCUGUCGCGACUCUUCCUCUUCAUUCGGCGGCCCGCUGCAGCUGCCGAGCGACUGGCGGGUGCUGCGGGCCGGGCACGGCUGCCGCCAGUUCGCUGCGGUGGGCUGCGUGGGGCCGGGCGGGGAGCUGCUGG